AUGCCAGCUAAAAAGACUCGAUUUACAACUCUUGAUCUAAAAGCGUCUAUUGCAGCAGUUCGGAAACGCUUUGUCGGCAUUCGAGUGGUUAAUGUUUAUGAUGUUGAUAAUAAAACUUAUUUGAUUAAAUUUUCAAAACCGGAUGAUAAAGGAGUAUUACUUAUUGAAUCAGGUAUACGUAUACAUACAACGGAAUUUGACUGGCCAAAAGGAUUAAUUCCAUCUGGUUUUGCUAUGAAACUUCGAAAACAUCUUAAAUCACGUCGAUUAGAAUCUAUUGAACAAUUAGGUAUUGAUCGUAUUAUUGAUUUACAAUUUGGUAGUGGUGAAGCUGCUUAUCAUCUUAUUGUUGAACUUUAUGAUAAAGGAAAUAUUAUUUUAACAGAUUUUAAUUAUAUAAUAUUAUCAUUAAUUCGUAAAAGAACAGAUGUAACAACAGAUGAAAAAUUUGCUGUUCAUGAAAUAUAUGCUGUCGAUAGUGUUAAACAACCUGAAGAUCUUAUUUCACUUGAAAAAUUAAUUGAACUAUUAAACAAUGCACAACCAAAUGAAUCAAUUAAAAAAAUUCUUAAUCCUCUUUUACCUUUUGGUUCAGCUGUACUUGAUGAAUGUUUAUUAAAAGCUGGAUUGAAUAGUGAAAGUUGUAUAUUAGGAAAAACAUUUAAUAUUGAACAAGAUGCUCCCAAAUUACAUGAACAAUUAAUUCAAGCAAUGGAUUAUUUAAAACAAGCAGAUAGUGGCGAAUGUAAAGGAUAUAUAACCUAUCGACAAGAAGGUUCAGCAUCUCUUCUUAGUUAUGAAGAAUUUCAUCCGUUUUUAUUUAAACAAUUCGAAUUAAAAUCAUAUCUUGAGUUACCAACAUUUGAUAGAGCAGUUGAUGAAUUUUUCUCUAAACUUGAAGCACAACGAUUAGAUGGACACAUCGUACAAAAAGAACGAGAUGCUUUGAAAAAACUUGAAAAUGUCAAAAAAGAUCAUCAAAAACGUCUUGAUGAAUUACAAGCUGCUCAGAAUGAAGAUGUACGUAAAGCAUAUUUAAUUGAAAUGAAUGCCGAUCUUGUUACUCGAGCAAUGGCAGCUAUCAAUACAGCAGUAGCUAAUCAAAUGAGUUGGCCAGAAAUUGAAGAACUUGUUGAUGAAGCUAAACAAUCCGGAGAUCCAACAGCACGAGCUAUACAAUCUAUUAAAUUUGAUAUUAACCAUUUAGCAUUACUUCUUAGAGAUCCUUUCGGAGAUGAUGAUGAUAAUAGUGGAAAAAGUUCUAAUGCACCCGUUAAAAUUGAUGUUGAUCUAUCAUUAACUGCAUUUGCAAAUGCAAAAAGAUAUUUCGAACAUAAAAAACAAUCAUCACAAAAACAAGUACGAACAUUAGAAGCUGGAGAAAAAGCUAUUAAAUCUGCAUCAAAACGAACAAAUGAAUUACUCAAAGAAGUUGAACGUGUUGCAACUGUAACAAAAGCUCGUAAAGCUUAUUGGUUUGAAAAAUUCUAUUGGUUUAUUAGUUCGGAUAAUUAUAUUGUGUUAGGUGGUCGUGAUCAACAACAAAAUGAAUUAUUAAUUAAACGUCAUUUACGUACUGGUGAUUUAUAUGUUCAUGCUGAUUUACAUGGUGCAACAAGUGUUAUUAUUAAAAAUCCAACUGGUAAUGAAGUACCACCAAGAACUUUACAAGAAGCAGGAAUUUUAGCUUGUUGUCAUAGUGCUGCAUGGGAAGCUAAAGUACCUGCACCAGCUUAUUGGGUUCAACAUGAUCAAGUAUCAAAAACUGCACCAACAGGAGAAUAUCUUACAACGGGUGCUUUUAUGAUUCGAGGAAAACGAAAUUAUUUACCAAGUGAACCUUUAAAUUUUGGUUUUGCUCUACUUUUUAAAUUUGAUGAAAGUGAUCAAGCAGCUAUUGAUCGACAUAGCGAAGAACGAAAAUCAAAAGCCAUAUUAGAUGAACAAGAUCUAAAGCAAACAUCAAAUAUUGAAACUCAAGAAUCGGUUGAAGAAACUCCAUUAGAAGUAUCAGAUGGUGAAGAUGAAGAAAAUAUAGAUGAAAAUAAACCCGAUGAACAACAACCAGAAGAAGAAGAAGAAGACGACGAAGAAGAACAAACUCAAGAAUCUGUUUCCAAUCCUCCUCUUCCAUCAUCUUCUGAUGAAGACGAAACAUCUGCUUAUCCUGAUACUCAAGUAACGUAUUCUGAAGAAAAAUCAAUAAAAAUUGAUAAUAAUCAAAAGAAAGAAUCCAGAAGUCAACAAAAACCAUCUGCUAAAUCUAAUAAUGCAAAUCAACCAUUAAAACGUGGUCAACGAGCACGUUUGAAAAAAAUUAAAGAAAAAUAUAAAGAUCAAGAUGAAGAAGAUCGACAAGUUCGAAUGCAACUUUUAGGUUCAGCUGGAAAUGAAUCAAAAAAGAAACAACAACAACAACAACAAGAACAACAACAGAAACAGAAACAAAAGGUACAAAAUAAAGAUAAUAAAAAAAAGAAUGAAUCUAUUCAAUCUCGACCACAAUCAGCAGCUGUAGCUUCUGCAAUUAUUGAUGACGAUGAAGGUGAACAACAAGAAGAUGAAGAAGAAAAAGCAAAACGAUUAUCUGAAGAUGCUCGUUUACUUUCUACUCUUACUGGACAACCAACAGCUGAUGAUCCAUUAAUAAAUGUUAUUGGUGUUUGUGCUCCAUGGAUUACAUUAAAUAAUUAUAAAUAUAAAGUUAAAAUUUUACCAGGUGGUCUUGGUAAAAAAGGCAAAAAUGUUCAAGCUGCUUUAAAAUUGUUUGCAAUGGAUCGAACAGCAACUCAAUUAGAAAAAGAUCUUAUUAAAACAGUAAAAGAUCAAGAAGUAUCACGUAAUUUACCUAGUGGCAAAGUUAAAUUUGUUCUUCCUUCUUAUGUUAAACUUAAAUAA